AUGAUUUGCACAAGUACUUAUUUCCAUUGCAAGAUUAUGGAUGGUCGAUUAGCAUGGAAAACUAUAUCCUACUGCAUAAUUCUGUUGAGUAUUAUUGUAGUUACUAUGUCAUUUUUUUCUGGAUUCAAGGUAUUAGAGCAACGAAGUACUUGUUGCGUCCAUUUCAAUAGCUUGAGUUGUCAUACUUAUAAAAGUAUGAUCAAUCUUACGGGUAUCUUAAUCAAGAUUAUUACACCCAAAAUGAUUUUACUUAAGAAUAAUAAAGAUCGAGAUACUUCUUCUAUUAGAUUUGCUGAAGCCACCACAUGUAGUAUACCUUUUUUUAGAGAAGAUAAAGCCUUUAAAUUCGAAGAAGAAUAUGAUACUGAGACAUCAUCAUCGUCGUUUGACAAUAACUACCCGGACCAAAGUGAGGAGUUCAACGAUGAGAAUGAAGCUGUCAUUGUCGGCGGUAUAGGAUUUAAAGAUAAGAUGGCUUCAGGCCUAUAUUUGAAAAUGCAUGGCAUGUCUCAAGGAGAAUAUACAACACUGAAAUUAAUCUGCUAUUUUCUUGUUACCAAUGAGAAGGAUACCCAACCCCAUGUCACCGUUGAUGUAUUGAAGACCAUGUCUGGAUUCGGUCUUAGAACAGAAACCAUUUCGAAAUACACCGUCUGUAGCAAUUUUUCUUAUAUACUUGCCAUGUCAUCAUCAAUUCAAUUGUUCCUCCAAGAAGUACCCUCCGAAUUAUUUAUCUAUAGCAGUAAUUCUCUGUAUGUCGACUCAUCAGUCGACAACGUCUUGCCGAUGGUAUUCUUGUUCCAUCCUGGGUAUGCCGUCUUGUCAGCAAAAAUUGAAUCUGGGCUCCCAUACAUGAAGGCAGACGAGUGGCGAUCGUGGCGAUCAUGGCAAUCAUGGUGUCUCAUAUAUUCGCUGGUAAUACUAAAAGACGCUUUGCCUGAAAACGACUACAAAAACUGGACUCUCUUUGUCAAGGCAUGCCAAAAGUCGACCGGUCCUUCAGUCACGUACUCAGAAAUCGACAGCACACACCAGCUCCUGGGAGAGUUCGGAAAAAAAUGUGAGAUUCUUUAUGGAGAAAGCAGCAUCACACCGAAUAUGCAUUUGCAUAUGCAAUUGCAUGAGUCGAUGCUGGACUUUGGUCCGGUAUAUGCAUUCUGGCUGUAUAGCUUUGAAAGAUACAACGGCAAGUUGAAGAACAUCAAGACAAACCGCCGCAAUUGUCCUGAGGUCACCUUAAUGAGAGUCUUCCUGGAGAAAUCAUUCAUUGACGUCUCAUCUCCCUUGAACUUGGAUGUUGGCCACCCUCCUGCAUUGCCAUUUAGCUUAGCAAUUUUCCAGCAAGCUAUUACCAAUCCAUGGUACAAUUGGUUAUUCGAAUUCUAUGUCAAGGCUUACCAGAGUACAAGUGUUUCCUUCUGUGCGGUAGGGAGAAUCCCAAUUUGUGAGGAUGUGUUUGUAAACAAUCGGAUUCGAAAGAUGAAGAAGAUUUCGUUGCUGGGGCAAGAAUACUUCAGUGGCGAAAAGAAGAAACGCGGAUCAUACGUACGGGUUGUGUUUCGUGAAAGAGCAAGCGAUGUCAUAUCAAAGUUCCCUGGUCAAAUUGAAUAUAUACUUACUCGUGUCAUCAAGAUUGGUGGAACCAAAAGGGUGCCCACUUUUGCGUUUGUUAAAUGGUUUUCUGCCUACCAUUCAAGUAGUCAUCAGCCAUUAGCUGAUCAAGGCCUGCAGUCGUAG